CCUCCUGCUGGGGAGAUGUGGAGUGGUUGGUCUUGUUCCGAGCCCCUCUGGAGGCCUGGAGCCCUGCCUAAGGAUUCCAGUGAAGGGUAUGGCAGUGUCCUGAGGGGCCAGGCUAGGGAAGGGGUGAUGACAAGGUCAGGAGCAUCAUGGGUAAGGGCUCAUAGAACCAGGGCACGGGUAGCAGAUGGGGGGGUUUCCUCAUGAUGGCAGUAAAGGGUAUCAGAGAGUUCAUGGCAUGAACUGACCCCCGCGUUUGGAGAGUGACAUGAAUGUGUCUACCAUUUGUGUGUGUGGGGGAAGAUCUCCUGGGACUCCAGCCUGCUGGUGGCUGAGAGAGCCAGAGGGAAAUAGCAACAGCAAUAGCAUAGAUGUUUAUGUAGUGUUGACUUUGCCAGGAGCUGUUCUAAUCACGUUACACUGCAUUAUCUCACAUAAUCCCUACAAUGACCUGAUGCGGUAAGUAUUCUUAUAGCCCCAUUUUACAGAGGAGCAUGCUAAGGCACAGAGAAGGUAAGUCACUUGAGCAGAGUCACACAGCGGGAAUUGGGGUGUGAACCUGGACAGUCGGGAUUGGUUUCUGUCCAGCAAUGUUGCACUGCCUCUCAGUAAAUGUUAGCUAUUUUCAUUGCUAUUGUAGUUCCUUCAACUGAGUCUCACCCCAGCGGUGGGAGGUGAAGCGCUGUACUCAGUGCUGUCACUGUCAUAGAUGUGUUUCUGAGCCCUAGAGACCCACAGCCAGACGGGUGUGGACGGGGCCUCCUACCUCAGGAGUUCCGCCUUCCAGGCCAGGGUUUCCUGUCCAGUACAGGGUCCCAGAGGGAGGGCAAGACGAGUAGUCGGAGGCCUUGGAAAUGGUAGGGCCCCCUGACUUGGCCUCUUUUUCUCUCAUCAGCCCAGGGACUGUCUCCUUCAGUUUCUGUCUCACUCUUUGUCUCUAUACAAUCUGAUUCUCCCUUCCUUUCUCUCCUUCUCUCACUUCCUCUCUCCUUUAGAUCUCAGUCUCUAUUUUUUGUCUUCUCUACUAAGUUUUUCUGUCUCUCAAUCCUUGUCUCUUCACCUUUCUUUCAGAUUUUCCUCUCUCUCUCUCUGUCUUUGUCUCUGCCCGCCUAUCUCUACCUCCCCUUGUCUCUCGCUAGUCUCCUCACUCUCUCUCUCUUAGUCUCUUGGUUCCUCCUCUCCACAUCUAUCUUCCCUCUCCCCACAGGGAUGAAGGACCAGGCCACCUUAGGUCACAGCCCCAGACUGCAGAUUCCUGGGAGGCGGGCCAGCAGGGACUGGGGUGCAGGAUGGGGUGAAAACAGUUUCAGGGAUGCCCCCUUUGCAUCCUUUCCUCCUCACCCUCCACCAACCCCAUGUUGUGAUGGGAGCUGACAUGUCGUGGGCUGCAGCUGCCACAGGGGAAUCCCUGCUGGAAGGUUUUGCCUGGAGCAGAGGAAUGGCAUGCGUGUGUGAGUGUCUGUGUGUCUGUGUAGGCAUGUGUGGGGUCUUUAUGUGUCCACAGAUGUGAGCACAGAAGUCUACCCCCUGCUUGGGAGCUCAGAAGAGCCUAGGAUGAACCAAGAUGAAGAAACCGAAAUUCAGAGAGGUUCAGACACUUGCCCGAGGUCAUACAGCUAGUCUUACUGUCCAUUCCUCCCACCUCCCCACUGCACCAUGGCUCCCGGCCCUUUCUCCUCUGCGCUGCUCUUGCCACCACCUGCAGCCCUGUCCUUUCUGCUGCUGCUCUGGGCAGGGGCAUCUCGCGCCCAGCCCUGUCCUGGCCGCUGCAUCUGCCAGAACGUGGCGCCCACGCUGACCAUGCUGUGCGCCAAGACCGGCUUGCUCUUUGUGCCGCCAGCCAUUGACCGGCGUGUGGUGGAGCUGAGGCUCACAGACAACUUCAUUGCGGCCGUCCGCCGCCGAGACUUCGCCAACAUGACCAGCCUGGUGCACCUCACCCUCUCCCGCAAUACCAUCGGCCAGGUGGCGGCCGGCGCCUUUGCUGACCUCCGUGCCCUCCGGGCUCUGCACCUUGACAGCAACCGCCUGGCCGAGGUGCGUGGCGACCAGCUCCGCGGCUUGGGCAACCUCCGCCAUCUGAUUCUCGGAAACAACCAGAUCCGCCGGGUGGAGUCGGCAGCCUUCGAUGCCUUCUUGUCCACCGUGGAGGACCUGGAUCUGUCCUACAACAACCUCGAGGCCCUGCCCUGGGAGGCCGUGGGCCAGAUGGUGAACCUGAACACCCUCACGCUGGACCACAAUCUCAUCGACCACAUCGCCGAAGGUACCUUCGUGCAACUUCACAAACUGGUUCGCCUGGACAUGACCUCCAACCGCCUCCACAAACUGCCCCCUGACGGGCUCUUCCUGAGGUCCCAGGGCCCCGGGCCCAAGCCGCCCACGCCGCUCACCGUGAGCUUUGGCGGCAACCCCCUGCACUGCAACUGCGAGCUGCUCUGGCUGCGGCGGCUGACCAGGGAGGAUGACUUGGAAACGUGUGCCACCCCCGAGCACCUCACUGACCGUUACUUCUGGUCCAUCCCGGAGGAGGAGUUCCUGUGCGAGCCCCCGCUGAUCACACGGCAGGCGGGGGGCCGGGCCCUCGUGGUGGAGGGCCAGGCAGUCAGCCUGCGGUGCCGCGCCGUGGGCGACCCCGAGCCCGUGGUGCACUGGGUGGCACCUGACGGGCGGUUGCUGGGGAACUCCAGCCGGACCCGCGUCCGGGGGGAUGGGACGCUGGAUGUAACUAUCACCACCUUGCGGGACAGCGGUACCUUCACCUGCAUCGCCUCCAAUGCCGCCGGAGAAGCCACGGCGCCCGUGGAGGUGUGCGUGGUGCCCCUGCCUCUGAUGGCGCCCCCGCCGGCUGCCCCGCCGCCUCUCACUGAGCCUGGCUCCUCGGACAUCGCCACGCCCAGCCGACCUGGUGCCAAUGAAUCCGCCGCUGAGCGCCGGCUGGUGGCGGCGGAGCUCACCUCCAGCUCCGUGCUUAUCCGCUGGCCGGCGCAGCGGCCUGUGCCCGGCAUCCGCAUGUACCAAGUCCAGUACAACAGCUCCGCUGACGACUCCCUCGUCUACAGGGAAAAGAGCAAGAGGAAUCCUAGUCUCUCUGAGAGGGGAGAGGGAAAGAAAAGAAAGACUUGCAGCCUGGGGCUCAGGGUUGGGAGGAUGAUCCCCUCCACCAGCCAGACCUUCCUGGUGAAUGAUCUGGCGGCAGGCCGCGCCUACGAUUUGUGCGUGCUGGCGGUCUACGAUGAUGGUGCCACGGCGCUGCCAGCCACGCGCGUGGUGGGCUGCGUGCAGUUUACCACGGCCGGCGACCCAGCGCCCUGCCGCCCGCUGCGGGCCCACUUCCUGGGCGGCACCAUGAUCAUUGUCAUCGGGGGCGUCAUCGUCGCCUCGGUCCUCGUCUUCAUCGUUCUGCUCAUGAUCCGCUACAAGGUCUAUGGCGACGGAGAUGGCCGCCGGGUCAAGGGCUCCCCGAGGUCACCCCCGCGGGUCAGCCACGUGUGCUCGCAAACCAAUGGUGCAGGCGCGGCCCCUCCGCCGGCGCCCGAGUGCCGCGUGGCGCUGCGCGAGGAGGCGGCCGCGGCCGUGGAGGUGGAAGCCAAGGCCGCGGGGGCAGAGACGGCAGUGCCCGCAGACCCGGAGGCGGUCUUCGGGCGCCCCCUGGGCAGCUCGGCCACCUCGCUGUGUCUCCUGCCAUCGGAGGAGACCUCUGGGGAGGAGUCUCGGGCCGCCGUGGGUCCUCGGAGGAGCCGCUCGGGGGCCUUGAAGCCGCCAGCCACGGCGCCCUCCGCGCUGGCUUUGGUUCCGGGGGCGGCGCCCGCACGGCCGCGGCCACAGCAGCGGUAUUCGUUCGACGGGGACUACGGGGUGCUCUUCCAGAGCCACAGCUACCCGCGCCGCGCCCGGCGGACAAAGCGCCACCGCUCCACGCCGCACCUGGACGUGGCGGGCGGGGGCGCGGCCGGGGAGGACGGAGAGCUGGGGCUGGGCUCCGUCCGCGCGCGCCUGGCCUUCACCAGCACCGAGUGGAUGCUGGAGAGCACCGUGUGAGCGGCCGGGGCGGCGCCGGGACCCGGACAGGACAGACGCUGAGCUGCCCGGACCCUGGGGCAGGACUGGAGGGAAAAGCACAGCGCCAAGACCUCUGCCUGGAGGGAGGGAGGCCCUUCUCCCGAGGGGGCGCUGCGGCCUCCGCUGCGGCUCCAGGCAAUGCACCGCGUCCCGGGGAGUGAGGAGCGGCCGCGGGCUCUCCUCCCUGAGAACUCCUCGUCCCCUCCUGUCCCUCCCCCAGCGCGCUCGCGGACCUCGCCGGAGCUGGUGCCUUACACAGCGAAGCGCGGGGAGGGGCAGGGCCCCCCCACACUGCAGCACUGAGACACGAGCCUCCUCCCCCUGCCCGGGACCAGGGGCAGGGAUGAGGGGCCCAUUUCUUGUAUCUGGCUGGACUAGAUCCUAUUCUGUCCCGCGGCGGCCUCCAAAGCCCCACCCCCAGCCCAUUCACCUCUUUGAUCCCGUAGGGUCUGGCUUGGGGUCCCCUUUUCUCUGUUCCCCUCUUUUUGUGUCUAUCCUGCUCUCUGUCUUCUCUGUCGUUAUGUCUCUGCUCUUCUCUACUUGUCUCUUUUUUCUCUGUCCUAUCGUCUCUUCUCCUGCCCUCCCAUAUUUUGUCCAGUCUCUGUCUCUCCGGGAUUACCUCCCCCACUACACAUUCUCCCGGGCAGGUCCCACUGGAAGGACCAGACUCUCCCAAUUCCUUCCUUUUUCCUCAAAUAAAUCCCCACAUGAAUAAAAUCCAAAACAAAGUCCUCCCUACGGAGCCAGGACCCCCGCCGCAGCAGAAUUAAAUUUUUUUCUGUGUC